AUGGCCUCCUGCUCUUCUCCCCGUGGACCGGGAUUCUCUCCUGCAGCUGUUGAAGCAGACGUCAGUCCCGUGCUCUCACCCAUCGCGCAGGGGUACACUCUGCUGGUGGGGAAGCCGCCUUUUGAAACUUCCUGUCUGAAAGAAACGUACAUCCGAAUCAAGAAGAACGAGUACACUAUUCCCAAGCACAUCAACCCCGUAGCUGCGAACCUCAUCCAGAAGAUGCUGAGGUCUGACCCUGCCUCGCGCCCCACUAUCGACGAGUUGCUGAAUGAUGAGUUCUUCACGUCGGGAUACAUCCCCAGCCGCUUGCCCACCAGCUGUCUCACCGUCGCGCCUCGCUUUUCAAUCGCUCCCAGCGGGCUGGAACUGAACGGGCGAAAGCCCCUGACCGCGCUCAACAAAGGACCAGACAGCCCCGUGCUAGAGAACUUGCCUGAAAAGGAGGACGCAGCUGGGCUGCGGGAGCUGGGCGACGCUGUUGACUGUCACUUAGCCGACAUGCUGCAGCAGCUGACUGCAGUCAACUCGGCCAAGCCCUCCCAGAGAGUGGCAGUGAGACAAGAAGAAGCUGAAGACCCAGCCUGCAUUCCCAUCUUCUGGGUUAGCAAAUGGGUGGACUACUCGGAUAAAUAUGGCCUAGGUUACCAGCUGUGUGACAACAGCGUGGGAGUUCUCUUCAACGACUCCACUCGCCUGAUUAUGUACAACGAUGGGGACAACCUGCAGUACAUCGAGCAGAACAGCACCGAGUCCUACUUCACUGUGAGGUCCUACCCCUCUGCCUUGAACAAGAAGAUAACACUACUGAAAUACUUCCGGAACUGGCUGCGGCGGGGCGCUUUGUCGGCGUGCUGCUGGGUGCGGCCGAGGUGGCUCACGCCGUCCCCAAGAGCAGGGGGCUGGGGGUGACCGUGUGCUCUCUCCCCCCAGGACCACACCAAGGUCAUCUUGUGCCCCCUCAUGGCUGCUGUCACGUACAUAGAUGAGAAACGGGACUUCCGCACGUACAAGCUGAGCCUCAUCGAGGAGCACGGGUGCUGCAAGGAGCUGGCCAGCCGGCUCCGCUACGCCCGCACCAUGGUGGAGAAGCUCCUCAGUUCCAAGUCUGGCUCAGCCCGUGCAAAACCCUCUGCUUAG